GGAGCGGGGCGCAGCGCGGCGGAGCCAUGGGCAACCGGGUGGCUCGGGGGGACUUCGAGUGGGUCUACACCGAGCAGCCCCACACGCAGCGCAGGAAGGAGAUCCUGGCAAAAUAUCCAGAGAUCAAGACUUUGAUGGGACCUGAUCCACACUUGAAGUGGAUUGUAUCUGGAAUGGUUUUCACGCAGUUUCUAGCGUGCUAUCUGGUGAAAGACUUAUCUUGGAAAUGGAUUUUCUUUUGGGCUUAUGCUUUUGGGGGUUGCAUCAACCAUUCGCUGACCCUAGCCAUCCACGAUAUCUCACACAAUGUCGCCUUUGGGAACAAGCAGGCCAAGUGGAACCGAUGGUUUGCGGUCUUUGCCAACCUGCCAAUAGGUAUCCCUUACUCUGCCUCCUUCAAGAAAUACCACAUAGACCAUCACCGGUACCUUGGUGGGGACAGCCUGGAUGUGGACAUUCCCACGGACUUUGAAGGCUGGUUCUUCUGUACGCCGCUUCGGAAACUGCUUUGGCUCUUCCUCCAGCCUUUCUUCUACAGUCUGAGACCGCUGUACGUGAACCCCAAAGCAAUCACACGGAUGGAAAUUUUUAAUGCCAUUGUGCAGUUUUCUGUUGAUCUUAUCAUUUACUACCUUUGGGGACUCAAACCUAUUAUUUACUUAAUAGCAGGUACAAUACUUUGCAUGGGUUUACAUCCCAUUUCUGGGCACUUCAUAGCAGAACACUACAUGUUUUUAAAAGGAUACGAGACCUACUCUUAUUAUGGACCUCUGAACUGGCUCACCUUUAACGUAGGCUACCACAUGGAGCACCACGACUUCCCCAGCAUUCCUGGGUGCAAGUUGCCAAUGGUGAAGAAGAUUGCAGCAGAAUAUUAUGACAACCUUCCCUAUCACCAGUCCUGGAUUCGAGUCCUGUGGGACUUUGUUUUUGAUGACAGUAUCAGUCCGUAUUCAAGGGUUAAGAGAAAAUGCAAGCUGGCAAAAGAAAAUUAAUGGACUAGCUCCAGCUAGGAGCUACGCUGGUAUUUGGUUUGUUUGUUUGAGUGGUGUGAGUGUUCUGCAGGAAGAGAAGGAUGCUCCUCUGUGCUGGCAUAACGUUGCUACGUGCUCCUUAGACCAAGAGGAUAAGUGUCAAAAUGCAGCAGUUGGAUGCACUAUUUUAGAUACUAUUUUGCUAAUACUUUUAAAUAAAGGAUAUUUGUGUAUGUAACCUUGAGAAACUACACUAGAGCAAGCUGCACUUACAUGAAUCUUGGUCUAGACUUAAAGUUAACUUCCUGGGACAAGUGUGUCCCAGUCAAAGCUUUUGCCUGGGCUGCAAUGGAGAAUAUUUGGGGUGUGUGUGUGUGCGCGCAUGUGUGUAGCUGAGGGCUGGUUUCUCUUCAUGCCAGAUGUGAUGUAGAUGCUUUGCAUGCAUAGGACCGUGGAAGCAGGGAUGACUGGCAUGCAGUAGCAAAUGAUACUCUAGAAGAGAACACAAGGGUGCCUUUAGCUCACACUUCUGUCUAAUCCAGUGUCUGAUGCCUGACAAUGGCUGGUGGUAGAGAUUUUGUAUAUGAAAUGGAAUAGGUAUGUAUUUUUGUACAUUUGGAUCAUUAUUUUAGUAGCUGCUGUUUGACCUUUAUUCCAGAACUUUGUUUAAACCUUUACUCAACCCAUUUCUAUUCUUAGGAUCUAAUAUCCAAUGUAGUUAUGUGGCAGAGCUGAAUUGUGGAGACUUGACAAUGGGAAGCACAUGAUACCUGUUCUUCCCUGCACUCUGGAAAGCUGACUACUAAAUUCUGUCCUUACUAAGUGGUUAAAGGAGACCAGAUCUAUAAAGGUCCUGUUAUAACCUGACAGCUUAAUCCCUCUAAUGGUUUUGACUUUUUUUCUUCUGGAAACCCAUGUACAUUACAAAGGAAAGGAUUAUUUUACUGUCAUGUAGAUCCCUCAGAGUACACUGUUAGGCCUGGGAAGCCCGAUUUCCUCAAUAAACUCAGUUUUGUUCCUCCCUCCUGCA